AAGCCUUGCAAUUUACACGUAAACCCGACCACUUACUUUUUUUUCUUUUUUUUUCUUUUUUGAAUCUUUCCGCGAAAAGGGAUUCGACGUUCCUUGCUUGGGUUCUUGUUAAAUCUCAGGUUGGAGCAACCCUAGUAGUAACGAAUCUCUCUGCGGGGAUCUCCAGCUUCCAUGGCGAUUCGGUGGUCAGAGCUAUGUAUCGUACUGUUCGCACUCUCUUACGCCAUCUGCGUCAUUGCAGGGAAGAGCUACUACGAUGUGUUGCAAGUUCCUAAAGGCGCGUCUGACGAGCAGAUCAAGAGAGCUUAUCGCAAACUCGCUUUGAAGUAUCAUCCCGAUAAGAAUCAAGGCAACGAGGAAGCUACUCGCAAGUUCGCUGACAUCAAUAACGCUUAUGAAGUGCUAUCGGAUGAGGAGAAGAGGGAGAUUUAUAACAAGUAUGGUGAAGAAGGGCUUAAACAGCAUGCUGCUAAUGGUGGACGUGGAGGUGGAGGUGGGGGCAUGAAUAUGCAGGACAUCUUUAGCCAGUUUUUUGGUGGUGGUGGUUCGAGGGAGGAAGAAGAGAAGGUGGUCAAGGGUGAUGACGUGAUUGUGGAACUUGAGGCCACUCUUGAAGAUUUGUACAUGGGAGGCUCUGUCAAGGUAUGGAGGGAGAAGAAUGAAAUAAAACCAGCUCCUGGAAAGAGAAAGUGCAACUGCAGGAAUGAGGUUUAUCACAGACAAGUUGGUCCUGGAAUGUUCCAACAGAUGACAGAGCAGGUCUGUGACAAAUGCCCAAAUGUCAAAUACGAACGGGAAGGAUACUUCGUCACAGUUGACAUCGAGAAAGGCAUGAAAGAUGGAGAAGAAGUGUCUUUCUACGAAGAUGGUGAACCCAUUCUCGACGGUGACCCUGGUGACCUUAAGUUCCGAAUCAAAACUGCACCACAUGCCCGUUUCCGGAGAGAUGGCAACGAUCUACACAUGACCGUCAACAUUACACUGGUUGAGGCGCUAGUUGGUUUUGAGAAAUCAUUCAAACACUUGGAUGAUCACGAUGUUGACAUCGGUUCCAAGGGAAUUACAAAGCCAAAGGAAGUGAAGAAGUUCAAAGGAGAAGGGAUGCCACUUCACUACAGCACAAAGAAAGGAAACCUCUUUGUCACUUUUGAGGUUUUGUUUCCUUCUUCACUCACUGACGAUCAGAAGAAGAAGAUCAAACAAGUCUUGGCUUAGUACUCCUCUCUCUCUCUUUACAUAGAACUUGUAAUGAUCCUUAAUAUUUGUAACAUUACUAGGUUUGUUUUAAUAUAGAAAGAUUGAUCGAAUUGUCUUUUAUGUAUCAAAUUCUUUCAUGAUUUCACUAAAAUAUGAUUUACACGUGUUUUUUGCA